UCCCAAAGCUCCACCGACAGAUGGCAUUCUCGACAAUCCUUUCCAAUUUCUAUUGCGCGUUCGAGCUGCCAGAAAACAGGUGGAGCAGAACCGAGGGUCGAGAGUCGUAGCCGAGGACUCUCAGGACCAGCAUGUCAGUCUCUGUCUGCUGGGAAGCCUAGGCGUGAGAAGCAACACCUUUUAUGUUCUUGCGUUCAAGAGGCGCUGGCGGACACACGUGUCCCAGCCCAGAGUCACCACAGUCACUGUUUCACCUGCACAGGGCAUCCGCUGCAGCAGCCUCUCUCGAGCACUGUCAAGCAGCCCCUCGUCUGCCCAAAGCCAUCGCGUCGUCCGAAUCGACCUUCAUAUCACCUGGCAGGCCCACUCACCCGCCUCCUGCCUUGCCUUUGGUUGUGUAGCUGUCCCACAGGCGACUGCCCGUGUGUCUGCCCCGCUCGGGCAAUACAGCUCGGCCAGGAAACGCUCCUACAAACGAGCUAUCCGUCGAGCAGCCGCAUCCAGUGCCGGUGGCACCCGCUAUCGUGGACGCUGGCAAACUUUGCAUCAGCUUCACUCCCAGCACCACUCUCAGGAACAGACUACCACCACCACUGCGCCCCGAGCUAAGGCCUGCACUGCCCCAAAGGGGCUCCAUGUUAGAUUCCUUAGUCUCAACUGCGGUGGCCUGUCCAGCGAGGUUUACCAGGAGCUGCUCUUGUCUCUGGCAGCACUAGCCCCAGACAGGCGACCACAUGUCGUCGCAGUCCAAGAGACUCACUGGGCUGAAACGAGUAACUCUGAUUAUGUUACAGGCCCGUGGAGGGUCCUCAGCUCACAUCGACACGGCUACAAAGCUGCUGGAGUGCUGCUCCUCGUCCAUAAGGCAUUCUCUGCUGACUGUGUAAUCUCCACGGCGGAGCCUUACCCAGGCCGUCUCCUUCAUGUCCGCUUGACACAUAUGGCCUGGGCCCUUGAUAUCUUGGCACCGGACUCCCAGAGCUCACCGCCGCAGACAGCCGCCCAGGUCGCAUUGUUACCAAGUGGAAUAGCCGUCUCCCCGCCGAUGCCCCGCUCUGCACAGGCCCAUCCCCUGGCCCGACAGACUGGCCGGAACCCCAUGACCAUUGCGGCAUGGCGAGCCGGUGGCAGGCAUGUACCCCUUAGUGGUGUCCUCCCCUUGAUCCGGUUUGCGUCCCUAAAUAAGCCACCAACAGUGCCACGCUCCUGGAACAAGGAGGACCUCAUGCAGCUCCUCUCGGAACCGCAGUGUCCCCAGGCUUUACAGCUGAGACAAUCGGUGCACCAAGACAUCACGAGCUGUCGGUCCAUCCAGGCAAUCAAUGACUGCCUCACAUCUGCCCUGCAGCUACACCUGCCAUCACGAGCUGGUAGUGCGAGGCUGGCAUCCUGGCAAUCACCGGCCAUGCAAGGCGGCAUACGUGCCAUGUGGACCCACUACCGACAAUGGCGUCAGGCGGCCAGCCGUCAAACCUCCACAAUUUGGAAGGCGUGGUUUCACUUCGCCAAAUUCCAGAAGGCCCAUAGGGACUUUCGCCGUGCUGGCAGGCUUGCCAAACAUGCCUGGUACUCUGACAAGCUCCAGGAACUGGGCAUGCAUGCCCGUCGGCACAAUAUCCGUGCGCUCUACCAGGGGGUCCGGCAACUGGCAACUGGCACCCAAGCAACGGUUUACUCAGGUACAGCUACGAUCUCCCCGGAGAAACAGGCUCAACUGCUCUCGGCCCAUCUUCGCAGUAGCUACACUGGUCAAUUCUGCCAGCCUGACCGUGCUGCAGUCUCGCAAUGGACACCGCUGCGCUGUCCAGUGCACUGGCAAGUCAUGCCGAAGUUGUCUGAGCCCGUCAACAACCUCACGACCGUCGAUGAGCUAUGGCACGCGGCCGUGAUUGACUCCUGCAUGUCCACGGAUUGGACAACUCGCGAGGCACGAGCUGGCAUACCCAAGCCACAGGCCGCCGCUGGAGGCCUGCAGCUAUCACUUGACCUCAGCUCAGCAUUCGACCAUAUGGAAUGGCUACACAUCGCCACUGCUCUUGAUGAUGCAUCAGUACCCACUGAGCUCCAAACUCAAGUAUUGGAAUGGUAUCGCGAUAUGAAGUACGUCCUUACUGUACAAGGCCAGACUGUAGACAUUUCAGCCAGUCGGGGCCUGAAACAAGGUUGCCUCAUAGCUCCGCUCAUAUGGUCCCUGGUCACUGGUCGCUUCCUCUAUGAACUUGCCCUUUGUGCAGAUCCCAUGUGGGUGACGACCGAUGUCACGACCUACGCUGAUGACUUUCAUGCCGGAAGCCAAAUCAGUUCAUAUGUCGAGCUCUGUCGCCUUGAAGUACGCCUAGGUCAGCUUCUUGAUAUACUCUGCGCAGCCGGUCUCACGGUCAAUGCCCAGAAAUCUGCAGUCCUCUUCCUCUUCAGGGGCAACUUUGCUUCCAAGUGGCUUAAGCAGCACCUGAAAACCACCCCCGACGGGCCAGUCCUGCGGCUACGCACGCCAACAGGCGGUCUCCACCAACUCCGCACUCUGUACCUUCGACAACUCCGUGCCAUCCUCAGAUCCCCGGCACACCUCAAUCAUGUCAGCAACGAGGACAUUCUUCGCAAGGCUGGUGUGCCCGAUGUCGCCGAGAUUGUCGAAAGGGAUCUGGCUCGCUUACAGACCAGCCUUCAGCACUUACAGGUGGCUGACUCCUCUCUUCUUGCACCACACGUGCUGCGCUUCGCUGAGGGCCUUCAGCUCUCGCUGACUUCACAACCUCCCGCGCGCGACCACGCGCCAGGCACGCGCGAGUGUGAACCUGAGGCCAUUCUGGAAUGCCGAUACUGUGGAGAGACCUUCUCAACCUACCAUCUUCGGAGAGCCCACGAGGCCAGGAAGCACCAGGAGGCCCUGGAGAUGACCGCACAGGAGAGACUCUUCUUCGGAGGGGUCUGUCCAUCGCUCCAGUCCAAGAGGGAACGGGAGGAAGGCCCCUCGGAGAAAAGACCGCGGACUGCAGACGCUCUAGCCUCCUUCCAGUCACCGGCGGCUGCACAGAUGCCACAGGCGCCGAAGGGCAAAGGGAAAGGCAAGAACAAGGGCAAAGCAGCUGCGAAGGGUCAAUGGGGGGGCUGGAAUCGACAGUCAGCCACCUGGAGCCAGGACCACUGGCCCGCGGGACAGGGAGCGUGGAACACGCCUUGGACUUCGGAAUACGGUCUGCCGGACAUGGUACAGAAGCUAACCUCCUUGGCGAUCAAACACGAAUAUGCUAUCAACAGCAUGAUGCAGGAUCACACGCUCUACCUCUUCGUGAAGCCAGGGGACGAGGGGCUACUUCCAAUUCUGUUUGCCACCUCGGAGAAGUGGAAUGCCACACAGCAGACGGAUCCGUCUCAAAUCACGGAGCCACUGCGUCUGGUCAUGAUGAAGGCAUUUCGAAUCGAGCUGGGACAGAGAUUGAAGGCCACGAAAGACCAACCGGAAUCCACGCAGAAGGCCAAGGAACUGGGCUGGCUGACGGACCAAGGCCAGUGGAAGACUCUGGUCUGGGAUCCAACGGCACAGGAUCUACGCGAGAAGCAGGGAGGCAAACUGCACAUGACGGACGAAUUGAUCGGCCAAUCCGUGGAGCUUCGCAGGAUCAUCACGGACGAGACCCUGUUUCGGUUUCAGUCCCUUCGGGGACUGAGCCGGGCUCCGCAGACGGCGUGGAUACAAUUGGCGAUCGAGGUCAGUGUCCGGGACAUGGGGAAUCGCGUAUGGGAAAUCCUUCAUUCCUGGAUAGGCUGCGCAGCUUUGCACAUCAUGGGAUGCCGCCUUCGACGCGAGCGAGGCGGACUAUCACAACAGGCCAGAACCCUUCGCGGGUGGUGA